UCACUUGUAAUUCUACCGCUGACAGUGCUGUUGGUUGGAAAUGUGUAUUGAUUUUUAUCUCGUCCCUUUUUCGAGUUUUCCGCACGUUCUUCUGUAUAGUAAAAAAUUGAAAUAUUAUUUUCUUGAGUUAUUUUGAUUUUUAGUUAUCAUAGGUAUUCUUAGUGUUUAUCGCCACUGCCGUUGUUUAAUGAUGUGUUUAUGAGACUUAAUCGUUUUUGGCUAGUCUUUGUAUCCGUUCUGUGUUUCCAUACUGUAAAUAAUGACUAAGGACAGGCUAGCAGCUCUAAAAGCGGCCCAAAGUGAUGAUGAAGAAGGAGGGGCUGAUGAUGUGGCUGUUAAUAUGGAUGGGCGCCAAGACGGAUCUGGGGCCGCAUUCAUGGAUAAAUUUUUUGAGGAGGUGGAAGGAAUCCGAGGGAUGAUUGAUAAAAUACAAGGAAAUGUAGAAGAAGUAAAGAAAAAACACAGUGCCAUUUUAUCAGCACCACAGACUGAUGAGAAGGUAAAACAAGAAUUAGAAGAUCUUAUGGUGGAUAUUAAAAAAACUGCCAAUAGAGUUCGUGCCAAACUCAAAGAAAUCGAACAGAAUAUUGAAACUGAAGAGCAAUCGAACAAAUCAUCAGCCGAUUUAAGAAUACGUAAAACACAACAUUCAACAUUAUCACGUAAAUUUGUGGAGGUGAUGACUGAAUAUAACCGCACACAAACUGAUUACAGAGAACGAUGUAAAGGUCGUAUUCAAAGACAGUUAGAAAUUACUGGUAGAACUACAACUAAUGAAGAACUUGAAGAGAUGUUAGAACAAGGAAAUCCAGCUGUGUUUACGCAAGGGAUUAUAAUGGAAACACAACAAGCUCGACAAACACUAGCUGAUAUAGAAGCUAGACAUGCUGAUAUCAUAAAGCUUGAAAAUUCUAUUAGAGAGCUUCAUGACAUGUUUAUGGAUAUGGCUAUGCUAGUUGAAAAUCAGGGCGAAAUGAUUGAUCGAAUUGAGUAUCAUGUUGAACAUGCCGUGGAUUAUGUGCAAACGGCUACACAAGAUACUAAAAAAGCAUUAAAAUAUCAGAGUAAAGCGAGAAGAAAGAAAAUCAUGAUUCUGAUAUGUUUGACAAUCCUCCUUGUUAUUCUUGGAGGAUUUUUAAUGAGUUUCAUUCCUGGGUUGUAACUUAACAUGGACACAAAGCAAUUUUUUUACGGUUUCAUCCGGCAGAACAGUCACACAAUACAUUUACUAGUUCUUCGGCUUAUAAAGACUGGGAUAGCGUACAAAAAUAAAGUUGUACUUUUAUUAUUAUUUUUAAUUCCCUCUUUCUGUCUAUAAAAAUCCAAGCCUGUUAAAAUUUUUUAAUAUCACUGGUCGUCCUAUUUUAAAUGUAUUGUAAAAUAUUUAUUGUUUAAAAUACCUCUUUCUUCAUUAUUAUAGUUCUAUUGUUAUUGAUAAAUUAUUAGAUUUUUACAACCAACUUAUAUAAUAUCUAUGUGUAAUAAUAUUAUUUAAUAUGUAUAAUUAUAAUAUAGACGUUCAUGUGAUAAUUCGUUAAGAUAUUUGAAAUUUUUGGCUUCCUCGUUUUAUUAUUUUAUUGUUUUUUUGCAAUGUGUUGCGUAGGUAAACUGAAAAUAUGUCAAUUUAAAUAAAUAAAAAAAAACCUAGCUGUUUUGUUCUACUUAAGUAUUAUUCGUCUGUAUAUGCUAAAGACUAUAGAGGGACUAAUUUAAUGUAUGUAUUUAUUUAAUUUCAACAUUUUUAUUAUUUUUAAUAUUAAGAAUAGUUAACCCCUUGAUAGUUGUAAUUUGUUAAAGUGCCUUGAAAUAUAUAGUCGUCAAGUAACAAUAGUAAGAUAGGGAUGUUUGCUUAAAAAUAGAUUAUAUAUAAUUACUGACAUUAAAAAUUUAACUAUCUAAAAGCAAUCUAAUUUUUUUUUUUGUUAUAUCUACUUUAUAAAAUAUUUUUAUUUAUAUAUUUGAUAUACUUGUUCAAAGAUAAUAGUAUUAGUAGCAAAAUAAAAUCAAUUUUGUUGUAUUUAUUUUUAUUAAUAUUAAUUCAAGUAUAGAUUUUAUUUAAUUGAUGAUGUUUUUGUCAUCAUUAAUUAUAAAUCGCUCAAUGAAUUUUUUUUCAUUGUAGUAAUAUUUCUUUAUUUUUUAAGUAUCAAAAAAAAAAAACAUCUUAUAGGGAAAAAUAAUUAUAUUCUUUUUUUUAAUUUAUGUUUGAACUUUUUGUAAAUGAUAUUUUAAUAUUGAAGUAACUACUCAUAUUAAUAAUCAUUACAUCUUUAAUAUUUGCCACUGUGCUUUCUCUAAUAAUAAUUUGCCAUUUUAGUUAAUUUUAUUGUUGAUCUGUAACUAAUUAUAAAAGAUAGUUAAUGUGACUACCAUCUGUAACACAAAAAACUUAAUAUGCCAAUUUUAACUAUAUGUGACAUUAUAGUUUUUUGAAUUUAAACUAUUAUUUUAUAUAAUUUCAUAUAAAAAAAAACAUUUAUCAUUGAAUAUUUUUAAAGUUGUGGUUAAAAUAUUGUUUUGAUCUGUUAAUAUAAAAACUUAGUGACUUUUUUUAAAUUAAACAUUAAAAUAAAUAUUUGUAACACAUACCUACAUAAUAAAAUAAUACGUUUCUUGCCUUAUUUUUAUGUUUAUCAAAAUAAUGAUAGUUAAUUAUAUUUACAAAUAUUUAAUAGACUUUAAAUACCUAUAACUAAUUAAUAUAUAUUUAUAUGUAUGUGUAUAAUUAAUACAUACAUAUAUUUCACAAUAUUUUCCUUUAAUUUAUUUAUUAUUAUUAAUAAUUUAUUUUUAAAUAAUAGAAAUGUAUAAAAUUUUUAUUAAAUAUACACAUUUUAUAGAUUAAUAGUGGACUUUUUUUUAAAUUUUAGACAUUUAAAUAUUACGAUUAAACUAAGAAUUGUACAGUGAAUAAAAAUUGUUUCUUGUUAAAUUUGUUGAUCUUUGCCUGUAAUUGUAGUGGAGGUAUUAAUUUUUUUAAUGUUUAAGUGUUAAUAUUGUAAAAAUAGUGCAAUUUAAGUCUUUUUAAUAAAAAAUUUGUUUUUAUUAGUUUUUAAGAGAGCAUUUUAUUAAGACUAAUAUUUUCACUGCAAUCUCUUUUAGUUUUCACUGUAUAAGUUGUUAUAAAUUGUCUUCUGUCAAUUUUAUCAAAUUAAAUAAAUUUUUUAAAGUAUAUAUAUUUAUUAUCAAAAUUUAGAUAGGUUCAAAAAUUGAAAAUAUGUUUUUAGCACAUUUAAGCUUAAUACUAACAUAUUAGUUCUUUAUUACUUUCUUGUUAAAAAUAUUUGAUUGAAGUAAAAUUUUUUUUAUAGAUUAACUGAUUGAUUAACAUUAAUCCAACUUAAUAGUUACUUUAUUUUUCUUUAUAAUGAGGUUGAAAGUUAAAUAAGCCUGUAAAAAUUUUUCUAUGACACAUGGCUAAAAUUUAUUAGCUAAAUAUUUUACCUCUUCUUUACAGUAGCAUUUAAAAUUUUUUUGAGUAUUAAAAUAUAUAUAUAUAUAUUUAUAUGUUUUUUUUUGUAUGAUCUACAUAGUUAUAUACUAUGAUUAAUGUAGAUUUUUUUUUUUUGUAAAUGUUUUUUUCGCCAUUAUCGAUCAAAACUCACUGAUUUGCGAUGUCAGAAGUAUAUUGUUGUAUCUAUUUUUUAUUUUGUCUGAUAAAACUCAUUGAAUAAGUUUACAAAUUUGGUAAUAAAUCGUAUUAACAUAUGCAUUCUUAUUAUUCGUAUUAAUAAUGUUUAUCACUAUUUCAUUAUUGAUAGAUAAUAAAUUAAAAACUAACCUUUUAGUAUUUAUUUCUUUAUAUAAUAUUCAAGUAAUAUAUUGGAAUAUUUUUGUUUAUUUUAAACUGAUUAAUUAGGGGUACGUAUAAUUAACUAUUUUAUUCAAGUAAAAUAAAAUUUUCACGCAAUAUUAA